AUGGCCUCAAAAGCCUGUGCCUCAUGCCUGGGGGUACUCCAGCGCCAAUCACGUUUUGUUACCCAGCGCAAAAAGUCCCCCAUAAGCUUCAGCACACCGCGAGAAUUUACAACCACGCGCCAACGGGCCGUAAAGAUUUCCUCGGGUAGUACUGCCCCGCGGACAUCAAUACCACCCGUCACGCCUGGAGGUGCAGAAGGCGCCGCCCAAGGCCCAAACCUCUCGCCAGCGGAAGAAGCAGCCAAAGCCAGUCUGAUCGGCGGGAUAAAAGAGUCAUACACGGCAUACGGUGCGACGGAAGCCCUCUUCAAGCAAUGCUCGACUUUUGCGGACUACACAGUCCCCCAAGCAGCAGAGCCGGACGCGGAGAUACCGCGGACGGAAGAUGGGUCGCAUUUGGGAGUUGGGGGAGGGUGGUGGCAUGAUGAAAUGGGUCUGAAGCCAACAUUCGCAACGUGGUCCAGCGUUACUAUGCUCUACCUCUACCUCAUCUCCACGCGCUUCCGCUGCUUCCCCCCCGAUGUUGCCAAGAUUUGGCAACAACAUCUCACCGACCAUUUCUUCUACGCGGCCGAGGAAAAGAUGGUUGUCAGCCAUCUUAUGGAUAGCCGUGGGUCGCGGAACAAAAAUCUCAAAGAUAUGUAUGUGCAAUGGAGAGGUGCGAUAGCGGCGUAUGAUGAAGGGUUGGCUAGGGGUGAUGCGGUUUUGGCAGCGGCGGUUUGGAGGAACGUCUUAGCUGCGGAUGAGGAGGUGGAUGUUAGGAAGCUAGCGAUGGUUGUGGCGUUUAUAAGGCGGACUUUAAAGCAGUUGGAUGCGUUGGGGGAUAUAAAGUUUAUGACUGCGGGGGUGACUUUCGGGACUCCAGAGCAGGAUCGGGGUUUGGUCGCGUUGAAGAGUAAGAUGAUGAAUGUCCCCUUCGAGAAGACGCCAGGGAAUGGGCCCACAGAGAAGGGUUCGCCCUCGUCUGUGAAAUAUAGGAGUUAA